CGAUCGAUCUUAUCGCAGCGCAGAUGGGCUUUCGCGACUUGGCGCCGUCUUCAGGGUUAGCACGACCUUCCCCAGACACAUGCCAACAACAUGCAUGCGAUGCCACAACCGACGACGUCUGCUGCGAACCCCAUUGAUGCACGCCAUUCGCCCACAGAGAGCCCAUGAUAGCACGCCGGUAGCCCAGACUUCAGCCAUCACCUCGCGUCGACGCACGGCAGACGCGACUUCUUUCCCCGCAUACCCCAACAUCCCAUCGCGACACGUCCACUAUGGCGCCUCCAGGCCUGGGUAGCAAGGGAAAGGCGACCAAGCCAGGCUCCAAGCCCUCGCAGACACCGCGCAGCCGGAACACAACGCCGCUCCCCAAUGUGCGCGCCUCGGUCGAGCCUGCCGCUUCGUCAUCCUACUUUGGAAACCGCCUGAGCUCAUAUCUUAAGAAGUGCCCUACCACCGUCGAGGACAUACUGGACGGCGGCGCCAACGGAUCUUCAAUUCCAUCCGGCAAACAACUUGUGCUUAUGCGCGACAACAUCGAGAAGACAGUCCUGAAGAACGUCGAAUCACGCUGCGUGCAGUCGGAAGGUGCGCUCAGGGAACUCAUGAACAACAAGAAGAACCGCGCGCCGCGCGAUAGAGACAGGGAAAAGGACGGCGAGGAGCGCGAGCGCAAACACAAGCUCAAGAAGGUGAGCAAGAAGCACGACGAGGACGGAAAGCACCCGCCUGCGACCGGUGCCCACGGCCUGGCUAGGCAGGAUGGUGGUGACGCCAAAGACAACUCCUCCGCCAUCUCAUCGCCAAUAUCCCAAGCCCCGCCCUCUGCUGCCGGCGGCGGCCCAGCCGAUGCUCCCUCACCCAGCGGCUCCGAUGUCUCCCACCAACCCGCGCCCGCGCCUGCUGUACCGCAGUUCCAAACCUUUGGCCCGGACCCCGCCAAAUUCGAUGACCCCACCAUAUACCAUAUACGCGAAGUUACCCCGGGCAUGUCAAUCGAGGAAAGGAAGGAGAUCUACUGCGUCGCCGACUUUCCCAAGUCCAAUCUCCGCGACAGGAUAGCCGGGUCACCACCAGCAAAGGACUUCUCCAACGCCAAGCCCCCGUCACAGGUCAAUGCCACUGUCUUCGCAAACUACGUCGAACCAUACAUAAGACCACUGACCGAGGAAGAUGUCGCUUUCCUGAAAGAGCGAGGCGAUCGGACAGCGCCCUUUGUGCUUCCUAGGCGGGGCCCGCGGCAUUACAAAGAGAUAUGGGCUGAAGAGGAUGGCUCUAUGCACAUAGACUCCAACGACCAGCGACCGCCACCCAACGUCCCGCGCGGAGCAGCCGAAGACAUAACAGACGACGUACUUGAGACUGACCAGGUGUCUACCGGUCCCCUCCUGUCACGCCUUCUAGCCACAUUACGUCCCGAGGGCCGCGGCAAUCAGAACUCCCAACACGAGACGAAUGGAGUAAACGGAGACGCCAUGGACAUCGACGAAGGCGCAGGCGCACCAGCAGACACCACCAACAACAACUCCAUACCCGCUGCCGCUCAACUUCCCGAUGUUGUCCAACCGAGCUGGAAACCUCCGCCACAAACCAGUCGCACCGACUAUGUUGGCAUAGAAGAUCGCGUGCUCAUGGAGCUCAAGCACUUUGGUCUAAUCUCGGAAGCAGAUGCUGAAGCACAGUCGUAUGAUUCCCACUUUGACGACGAAGUAGCUCAACGGCUACGCUUCCUGCAAGAAGAACUUCGCAAACAGUCCAUCAUCAACGGCGCACGGAAACAACGCCUCCUCGAACUCACCGAAGAGCGCAUAGCCCAGCAAGAGUACAAUACUAUAGCUGACGAUCUCGACAAUCAGCUCAAUGCCGCAUAUCUCAAGCGCAACCGCAAUAUUGGCAAGGGCAAGAAACAAAACAAGCGGCCUGGUGGUGCAGGUGGUGGAAGUCAUCCUGUGGCCAACGCCGGCAUUUCGAGACCGGGCGUCGGCGAGCCAAUACGCACUCUCAUGGAAAGGAGACAGCAAUGGAUCAAUACUAUUGGACCUGUUGUAAACUAUGGCAAGACAGGGUUGCCAACCGAGACCAUAUUUGGGGAAGAGAAGAUGAAGGAAUUGGAAAACAGAGAGGUAGAAAUCUGGAAUACAGAGGCUGAAGAGUAGCUUUCUCGGCAAGGAUCGACCGUGGCGAAAUAGGUGUCCAGUGAGGAAGAGAGCGAAGAGGAGGUUUCUCGGUUGAAUGCGCAUUCCACGGUUGAGAACGAUCAUGUUGUCUGGUGGCGCAGAAUCGGCACGUUCUGGCGGAGAUUACUUGUAGCCAGUCUUUCGGCAUUGUUUUGUUCAUGCAUAACCGGGCACGUUAUGGCGUAAGGGUGUUUGGCAGAACCAUACUGGUGGUCUGGUGUUAUUGAUUAAACUUGCAUAAGGCUGCGCUGAAGCGUCAGGCGUUGACGGAUCGGCUGAUCUCUGAAAACCGCAGAGCCGCAAUAUUACAUUAUUCCCACGU